AUGAUCACAUUAUCAUCUGAUUUUGAAGAUCUCUCGGAUGAUGAUUUUUCAAAAGGUAAGUGUCUCAUGGCUCAGAUCGUUGAAUCUCACGCUGAUGUAUCGAAUAACAUCAUUGGCACUCUUGAUGUUGAUCUUUCUAAAGCUUCUAUAAACCUUAAGUCUGACAGGGACUCAACCUUAGUGUAUCAGGGUAAAGAAUGUAUUCGGUAUUUAGAUAGUGGUUACUCAAGACAUAUGAUCGGUGUUAAGGGGGUUGGGGCGCGAAGCGAACACUCGGCCCAGCGGGCGAAAAUGUCGGGCACUUGGGUAAAGACGACUUACUUUGGAAACGGAACACGAACCAAUUUAAGCAAUUCUGACUUCUUAUUAAGCGUAUCGAAAUCAAGCUCUCAAUCUAACUAUGAAGAUCAUCCUAUCAUCGCUAAAGAUGCUAAGACAUCUAAUCAGGAAGACUAUGUUCUAAAUAAUACGAAUGAAUGUUCUAAUCCUAGAAUUAUUCGAGAUUAUCCUGAAUCUCAAAUCAUUGGAGAUGUAAAUUUUGGGAUUCUCACUCGUAGCAGAGUCGACAUCAACUUCUGUAUGCUUGGGAUUUUUUUUUCAAUGAUUGAACUAAAGAAUGUCACUGACGCCCUAAAAGAAGUUGAAUGGAUCAAGACUAUGCAGGAUGAGUUGAAUGAAUUUGAACUCCAUCGUGUGUGGACUCUUGUCCCUAAGACUCAACGAAAAACUAUCAUUGGCACUUGUUGGGAGUUCAUAAACAAGAUGAAUGAAGAUGAGAUCAUCAUUAGAAACAAAGCAAGACUUGUGGCUUAA